AUAUCGGGUGUAAUAUUUAGUUUAUCUAGGGUAAUGAGAUUUAUGUUUAGAGUUCUUGGAGUUUUAAUUUCAUUAGUGAGUUUAAAUUUAUUAGGGGUUUGAGUUGGAAUUGAGUUAAAUUUCUUGGCGGUAUUAUGUUUUAUAAGUGGUUCUAGUGUAGAAGAGACAGAGGGUGUAAUAAAGUAUUACAUAGUUCAGAUUUUAGGUUCCUGCUUCAGAAUAAUAGGUUUUCUAAUAAUGGUAAAUGGGGUUGAGAUAUUUUUAGGUAGAGUUUUUAUUUUAUUAGGGAUAUUAAUUAAAUUAGGUGCUUUUCCAUUUUACUUCUGGGUAGCACCUGUUGUUAGAAAGUUAUCUUGGCCUGCAUGUAAAAUUGUACUAGUUUUACAGAAGGUUACUCCUUUAUGGGUGGUUAGGAACUGCUUAUUUUUAGGUUGAGAGAUUAGGUAUUUAGAGUUACUAUGUGUUCUGACUUGUUGUUUUGGUUGUUUAGGUGGAUUGGGGAUCUUGAAUUAUCGAGUAUUACUAGGAUUUUCUUCAAUUCAACAUUUAGGGUGUUUAAUAAUUUUAAGGUGUUGUAGGAGGUGGUCUAUGUGGAUAUAUUUAAUUGGUUAUAGGGUUUUAAAUAUUGGUUUGAUAAUUAGUUUGUGAGUACUAAAUAUUUCUAGUUUUUUAGAUUUAAGAAAAGCUAGUUCUUUAGAGAAUUUAAGCUCUAGUUGAUGAGUUUCUGUUUAUAUAUUAUCAAUUGCUGGGUUACCCCCUUUUAGAGGAUGUGCUUUAAAAACAUUAUUUUUAAUCUCUUGUUGGGGAAAUAUGAGAGUUGGAGGUUCUUUAUGUAUAUUAACUUCAUGUGUUAGAUUGGUUUUUUAUUUAAGUGUAGUCUUAGCAAUAACAGUCUACUGGGGAAAAUCCAUUUUCAAAAUAAAGAAAUCAUCCAAUAGAUAUUUUUAUGUGGGUUUGGUUAGGAUUAUAAUUAAUUUAGCAAUUGGGCCCUUAUUGUUUAGUUUUUCUAGUUUAUAG